AAGUAGUUUGAACAGGUUGAAAAUGAGCGGCAGAGGUAAAACCGGCGGUAAAGCUCGUGCGAAGGCUAAAACUCGCUCAUCUAGGGCAGGACUGCAGUUCCCCGUCGGCCGUGUGCACAGACUGCUCCGCAAAGGAAACUACGCUGAGCGCGUCGGUGCCGGUGCUCCAGUUUAUCUGGCCGCUGUGCUCGAGUAUCUCACCGCUGAGAUCCUGGAGUUGGCCGGAAACGCCGCUCGGGACAACAAGAAGACUCGUAUCAUUCCCCGUCACCUGCAGCUGGCAGUGCGGAACGACGAGGAGUUGAACAAACUCUUGGGUGGAGUGACCAUCGCUCAGGGUGGUGUGCUGCCCAACAUCCAGGCUGUGCUGCUGCCCAAGAAGACCGAGAAACCCGGCAAGACCAAGUAAACGGACUGCAGUCUGUUUCACUGAAACACAAAGGCUCUUUUAAGAGCCACACACUUGAACUAUAAGAGAGGGAUUGUUCUUCUACUCAAACGUUUAAUUAAUCGUAAUACAAACUUGAAUGAAAUGAAGUGAAACACUUCGAAAUGUGUGUCACCUACAGAUUAUUUUCUGUUUUUAGCACGUUUCUCUGAUAACUAAUAAAGUGUAGGUUGAAUUACAGUUGCAAUUGUGGCAUUCAUGCAGUAUAAAUAAUGAACAAGAAACCCUGUGAUUUCAUUUAUAUAUCGAUUUUAAUCCAAUGCUUAUAGGUGUAUACAGGUGCAUCUCAAAUUAGAAUGUGGAAAAGUUCAUUUAUUUCAGUAAUUCAACUCAAAUUGUGAAACUCAUGUAUUAAAUAAAUUCAGUGCACACAGAC